GCAGAGUGAGGCUGGAUGAUGAUGGAUGAGGAAGAAGAGAUUAGUGUUGUUCAAGAUAUGGCUUAUGACUAUAGCGGAAAGAGGUUAGCUACUGUUUCUAUCGAUAGAGAAAUAUGUAUAUGGAAUAAGAAAGAUGAUUGGCAACGUACUUAUCAGUGGAAAGCACACGAAGGUCCUUUAUUUGGUGUGAGUUGGGCACAUCCUUGUUUCGGAAAUAUUCUCGCAACAGGCUCUUAUGACAAAAGAGUUAUUAUUUGGGAAGAGCCAGAAGCCUCGUCUUCCUAUUCUUCCUCUUCGAUGGAUAAAAGUACAAAAGGGUGGACUGCGUUGGCACAUUUGGUGGACGCUAGAGAUGAAGUGAGACAAGUUCAGUUUGCUCCACCACACUUGGGUUUGUUAUUGGCUUCAGGCUCUGCUGAUGGUUAUGUACGUAUAUAUACUUGUAUAGAUGAAGCAGAUCUUCAUCAAUGGCCUUUGUUGACAGAAUUGGAUAUGGAUUCUCCAGUAGUUGGUAUGAGUUGGAAUCCAUCAGUAGAUAGCAUUCCUUUGAUAGUAGUAGCUUCCCAUAAGGAUUGUCGUGUAUGGAGUAUGGACAAUGAUACUCGUCGUUGGACAGAUUGGCAUUUGUUUAGGACUAGUGAAUCAGAUACUGCCGACCUUUCAGCAGUAGCUUGGGCACCUCAUGUGGGACGCAGUUUUGAACGAAUUGCGUUGGGUUGUGAAGAUGGUUCGAUACUUUUGUUUCAGUUUCCACGUAUCCAACAAGGAAAUAAAACAAAUGGACAUGAAAUGCAGCCAAUCUGUAGGUUGAAUCACGGAAAUGAAAGAAUUGUUCGACUGCAGUGGAAUAUGGUGGGUAGUAUUUUAGCUUCUUCAGCAAGUGAUCGAAUGGUUCGUUUAUGGAAAGCUUUACCUCAAGAUGGGACUCGAUGGAACUGUUUUGAUGUGGUCCAUUUGAAUGAAUAACCAUUUUGAAUGGUCUCCACCAUCAUGUCUCAAAGGAAA